CACCAUUACCGUGAACAGAUGUUGUUGUCAAAUUCUCCAAGAUUCAUAAAGCUCUCCGAAGACGAUCUCGAUAUUGUCUUCAGCAUUCUACAGGAGGAUCGCAUUGCCGAAUGGGACACGCUCAGGCUAUUUGGACCCGCGCAUAGAACACUAAUGGCAUGCGCAUCCAUGUCCCGCUCCUGGCGAGUCCUCGCCCAGCGCCAUCUCUUCCGCGAUCUGGUCCUCACAUACGGCGUUGUCAUCGCCGAAAACUGCAACGGCAUGAGACAUACCGCCUGCUCAGGAUAUGGGUGUUCCUGCCACUUAAAUGAACGUACUGGCGCACGGAGAGGGCUCUCUGCGUUCCACCGGUUUCUCGUAGAGUCUCCGCACAUACGUCGGUACGCACGCAGUCUGAGGAUCAGAGCCUCCCCGCGAGUUCAUGAACGCAAAGAGAUGGAUGCAGCCUUGCUCUCUCAAGUGUUGGCCGAGCUUCCAGGACUCAAUGAUCUGUACUUAGAGGAGACCAGCCUGCUACUCUCACGGUCGGUGCGUGCGCAAACUUCGCCACCAACAGGAAUCCUCGCAUUGGAGCGGUUGACACUGACCUUUCAACACGCGCGAAGCUUUUAUCAGGACUCCGUCCCUCGCAUCCUCGCCCAAUGCCACCGCGUGCAGCAUAUCCGCCUGCUUGGCAUGGUUGGCUGGAACGGGUCGCCCACGCCGGGUCGUACCUCUAUGGGGCCUCCAGAACCCCACCUAGAAGUCGAAUCGGUCGAUAUUGAGAUCUCUAAGCCACCAGGCGGCAAAGUCUUCAAGUACCUGGCGGUCGCCACACAGCGGUUGCGGUCAAUACAGGUCAACAAGAUCGCCCACCCGGAAGUGAUGGAUGACUUGCAGGCGUUGCUCGAUGCCACCCACGCUAAACUCGAGCGCUUCGUAUACGGAGACAUGACCGCCGACCAGUCAUGGGAUAAAGGCCCUGACCUCUCUCGCUGCACGAACCUCGUAUCUGUCGAGAUCAUCCUGGAUUUGGGCUGUAUUACCACCGGACAAGAACUGCAGCAUGUCAUUAACCCGAUGUUAUCGAGUCUGCAAAAGAGCCCUCGAGACAAGCUACGACGGAUCACGCUGCGGACUGCCAGUUCGACGAGAUACUGUGGGCAUUGCACGAGCAUUGCGGCCUCGAACAGGUGAUGAUCAGGCUAGAUCUUGCGGCGCGUUGGCCCGAUCUUGCGACCGAGAAUUGCAGGCUUUUUGAGAGUGUGCUUCCUCGAACAGCGUGUUCUGGCAUUCUGUGUAUCCUUACUGUGUAGUUUAUCCGAUAAACACGUAUUUCAGCAAGUCUCUUAUCGUCAUUU